UAUUAUAUAAUACAUACACGCAUAUAUAUUGUGAAGAAUGUGGUUAAUAAUAAUACUGAUGAUAACAUUCGAAUCGCGAAUGAUGUUCUCACGCGCUUCCGCAAAAGAUAACGAAACAUUAGAUUGUCAUCGAAUUAAUUUGAAUAUUGAAUUAUCUGAAUGCCAUUUGAAAGAGAUUGGACAUCGACUUACAUGUUUUGCUGGUAUUGACGACAAAUGGAAAACGGAAAAUGAAACAGUAGAAAAUCUUGUUCUGUGCAAUUGGCCAAAUACAACUUUCGAUCCUCAAGAAGUCUUACAAGGAUUUCCAUUGUUACGAAAAUUUAAAAUAGCGAACAGUAAUUUGACGAGAUUGAUGACACCUUUCCCCGAGGAUUGUCAAUUUCUUGAAAAAGUUAAUCUAACUCAUAACAAAUUGGAACUACUGCCUGUGGAUGUCUUUGCAAAUCUUUCAAAUUUAAGGAUUGUCGAUUUGAGAUACAAUUAUUUGAAGGAGAUCGAUCUCAAAGGAUUUAAUGUACCGACGUUGAGCCAAGUUUAUCUGUUUGGUAAUCCUUUGAAAUGCACCGAAAAUAUCUCCUGGAUUCUCGAUCUGAGAAAUGGAUCUUUCGCUGAGAAAAUUGUUGAUCGAGAAAAGUUACGUUGCUCUGUUCCAUACAACGGAAGACCACUCGUACCAGUUAUAGAAAUUAUUAUGACAUUGAAAGACGAAUGCAAGAGAACAUUAUGCGACUGCGAAUUGGUUUAUGUAGUUGGACGAGGUGGUAAAAGGACAUUAAAACAAUUAAUGGCCUUUGCUUCAGUUAAUUGUAGUUAUCGUAAUUUAAACGAAUUGCCAGAAUUUUUACCAGCCAAUACGACUACUCUACAUUUGAAUGGAAACAAGAUAAAGGAUUUGACACCUCUAGUAAAAAAUCCAGUCUACAAACAAGUUUUGGAUCUUUAUCUAGAUGACAAUUUAGUCGAGUCCAUUGUACAAUUGGAUGGUUCCUAUUGGCUCGAUCAUUUUCGUCUUUUCAGUUUACGUGGAAAUAAACUCUCAGACGUGCCAACUUAUGCAUUGGAGAAUGUUUUGCUUCAAAGUGGUAGUGUAGCAAGAUUAUAUCUUGGCAAUAAUCCGUGGAGAUGCGAUUGUCUUUUCACUCCUGGAUUUCAGGAUCUAUUGAUUAGGUAUACAAAUUUAGUUCGAGAUAUAAACGAGGUCAAGUGUGCAGCUGUCAUAGGCGAUGAGAAUUCAAACAAACAGAUUCGUGACUUGACUCGAACAGAAAUUUGUAUCUCAUCGGACGAAAACUCUUUGAUUUAUCCAUUAGACAUUUUAAAUAUUAUAUUGGCAUUCCUGAUAUUUUUAAUUAUUGGCAAACUUUUGUACGAUUAUUGGUCAUUCAAAAAAACUGGAAAAUUACCCUGGAUAGUAUCUAAAAUACCAUGAAAAUUGUGUCGAGAACAGUUCUUUUUUUUUCUUUUUUCUUUUUUUCUUUAUUAUUGAAAUUUUUUUUUCAUUUCUUAAUCCUUAAAUUUGUUUCUUAUAUCCCGUUAUCGGAAUAUUUUUGAUAAAAUUGUUCAGCAGCAGCCUUUUUCGCAUUAUGACGGCUCACUCCUUCUCCUGCAGUUACAUGAAAUUAUUAAUAAUGAAUUAAAAUGUACAAUAUGUAUAUAAUUAUAUAUAUAUAUAUAUAUAU